GACUUAAAUGCACUGCAGCAUCCAGCAGGUUCUGUCUCUCUGCACCCAGUCCUGGUGAGCCUGCUCUCUCUCUCUCUCUCUCUCUAUCUCUCUCUCUCUCUCUCUCUCUCUCUCACACACUCACUCACGCACUCAUUCUCACUCUCACAUGCUCGAUAGACCAAUCUCUACGUCGAAGGUGGCUCAGUGUGUUUCUGUUUGAGCACAGAAUUGCCCCAUAAUCCUCUCUCCCUCAUUCUCUCUCUGUGCUGCUCUAUUUACUCACAAACACUCACACGCACAUUACCGCAGAGAGCUGUCCCGUCUCUCUCUCUCUCUCUCUCUCUCUGUUCCAUCUCAGCCUCAGCUCCAUACACAGCAUCCAGGAUGGAUGUACUAAUGAAGGGAUUUUCCAUGGCCAAAGAGGGAGUGGUGGCUGCUGCAGAGAAGACCAAAGCUGGCGUUGAAGAGGCGGCUCUCAAGACCAAAGAGGGUGUCUUGUAUGUAGGUAAUAAGACAAAGGAGGGAGUUGUAUCAGGUGUCAACACAGUGACAAACAGGACUACAGAGCAGGCAAACAUCGUUGGCGAUGCAGCAGUGGCGAGUGCUAAUGAUUUGGGACAGAAGACUGUGGAGGGAGUGGAGAACGUGGCUGCAUCAACUGGCUUGGUGAAUCCAGAUGAACCUGUAUAUGAGGCGGACUUCUCCCAGGGCGGGAUGGAGGGUGGAGAUGGUGGCCAGGGUUAUUAGGCCUGGAGUCAGAAACAACACCCUUGCCCUUCCUCAGACACUCAACCCGUCAGUUUCCUCACUCCUGUCCUCUCAUCCCAGCAACACGUCACACAGAUUUUUUUGUGACAGUAUGGAAAACCAAAACAGAACAUGUCUUUCCCGGGCUCCUGUUUGCUAUGUGUAAUGCUCUCGUUCCCUCAAAGCUCCAGUGUUGGUGUCGUCAUGCUGUUUUCCUGGUGUUGUCACCCCGAGUCCAGUUACUAAUUUCACACACAAGCAAUGUUAUGUUAAAUGGCAAAUAUGAAGAGGAGAUCAUGCUUGGCCAUGUGUAGUUGUGUGAAAAUUAUUGUGGUGCGUUUUGACUCCCAAAAUGUGAUUUAACCUUCAUCUAGGCAGUCUAAUUUAACAAUAACACAGUUUACAGUGUCAUAUUUUUCUUACAAGCAGUUUAAACAAGUAAGGCCAAUGAUGUGAACCUGUAGGAGAAUUAUCACGUGAGUGAAGGAUGGUUGACGUUUUACAAGACAUUUUCAUUCACAUCCAUUAGAGCAUGUAAUAAUCAAUGUUACGUCCUUGUAAUUCAUGAAUGCAGUCUUAUUUGGAGUUAUUUUGUCUUUAAGAUGCUGUAUGAGGUGUGUACACUCAGAUACAUUACAUUCCUUUAGCUCAGACUGAAUGAAAGAAUCGAUGUGUGCUUGAUCACUAAUAGUAGAUUUAUUGUAUAGAGAAUUCUACAAAGAAAUAAAUGGAUAUUUAUCCACAUUUCAAUACAACUCUAUUUUGCUUAGUCUUUAUGUAGCACUGGCAGUCUUGCAUCUAUUCCUUCGCUUGUCUUUGUACAAUUGUGAAAAGGCAGAAAUCGAGAUGCGAGUAUUGUUAUUUAUUUAAAAGAAGCAGUAUGUGUCUGAAAAAAAUGAUGCAAGCUGGAGGGAAAAUAGAAAAAAACAAACCCAUCUCAUGCUGUUUGAUUUUUAUUUUUCUGCAGCGCAUGUUGUGAAUUUGGUGUGCCAGCAUAGCAGAGAUUUCUAAUGCCUGUGAUGUGAAGCAAUAGUUCUACCACUGCAGAGUUUGUCAAUGGUUUGUUCUGUAGCAAUUUGCAGUGAUGAUAUUUCAGCACUGUGUUAUAUUAACUGAAUGCCAAGAUGUGUUGAUAGUUGAAGACUUUAUCCAUCCCUAUUUAUUCCCUCUCCAACUGAAGUCCCUUAGACAUUGUGUCCCGGCUCAGUCUGUGUACGCUUAUGUUGGCUUUUAGCAGGGGAAAUGUUUCGAAUAUCGCUGUGUGUUCUUUGUUUGAAGCCACUGGAACCUGAAGACUGCAUGUUGCCUUAUCAGCACUCUAAUCAUCACACGUGGAAAAAAAUUCUGAUGUUUUUCCUCACACUAAUUUCCUAGGAUACACAAAUUCACAUACAGACACGCAUGUAUACACGCAUGUAUACACAUACAUACACACACAUACACACAUGCGCACACACACACACACACACACACAUGCACACACAUGUACAAACAUACAUUCACUCCCCAACCUGAUUAAGUUGGCAUCAAAGCAGAAAAGCUGAUUUUAUAGAGAGUAUAAAUGAAAUUAAAAACUGAAAUAAAGUUUUGUUGAAAUCUGUUAAA